CCAGUAUUUACCCCAGAGUUAAACCCCCCCACCUCAAGGGCAAACAGCCUCGCAUUCGGCUUCAUUGCAACCGUCUCGAAGGCGAUGAGCUGCUUUAGACCCGUCCAGGUUCGCUCUUUGCAACGAACCUGGCCAUCAAUUUGUUCAAGUCAUCAUCGCUCAAUUCGACAAUGCCGGUCAAUGCUUCUCCUGCGCCAUUACUCCUCAACCGCGGCUUCAGCACCGCAGGAAGAGCGUGCGUAUGAGCUUCGGGAACGAACAGACUCCAAAUUCGGCACAAAAAGAGAUCAUGUGGAUCUCAGUCCGACCGCGCGCUUUGAAACCGUUUCCGUCAAGAUCUACCCAGCUCGAGCCCCCGAUCAAAAGGAACCAGAACCACACGUCCAACCUUCACCCCGCGACGGAGAAAGACCACCUAUCCAGAAGCUAUACGUGGAAAAUAUAGAUGCCAAAUUUCUUAAUAGCAUCAAUAAAGAACGCUCUGGAAGGGUUAUUCGCCAGAAAAUAGCGCCUUCAAGCAACAAGGAGGAACCGUCCAUUGAGGCGGUUCAAGAGUACAGAUUCCGGCGUGAGUCGUCUUGGCUAGAAGUAGUACUUCGUCUACGAGGAGAACUCCUUCUCAUUCGCUUUGAACCUCUCUUUUUGCGUGACGCAUGCAAUUGCAAAGAAUGCAUUGAUUCUUCUACCCGUCAAAAGAACUUUCAAACCGCAGAUAUCCCGGCGAACAUUACCAUCCGAAAACUCAGCUUUACCCACGGCGGCAGACUGCGAAUCCACUGGAUCAAUGACAUUUCUGGAUUCUCCGAAGCGCAUACUUCAUACUUCACACCGCAAGACCUGGCCACCUAUGCGGACAAGCAGUCUCGAGCUCUCCGAGCGCGCUACAACGACUUGCCUCGAACGUGCUGGAACAAAGCAUUAGUCUCGUCCAAAAUUGACAACCUCUGGCUGGACUACAGCGACUACCUCAACUCUGACGAGUCGCUCUAUGCUGCACUCAAGAAUUUGCACGAAUACGGACUCGUAUUUUUAAACAAUGUCCCUUCGACCGAAAACACUGUCGAGCACAUUGGUCAGCGCAUCGGACCGCUCCGAGACUCGUUUUACGGACGAACCUGGGACGUUCGGUCCGUGCCCGACGCCAAAAACGUUGCAUACACGCACCAGUUUCUCGGACUACACAUGGAUCUGCUCUACAUGGCGCAACCGCCGCAGCUGCAAAUCCUGCACAGCCUGCGUAGUUCAAGCACAGGAGGUUCUUCCAUAUUCAGCGACGCAUUUCGCGCUGCACAGCAUCUUCGCGAAACAAAUCCACGGCAAUUCAACGCCCUUCUCAAGUUUCCAGUGACAUAUCACUACCGCAACGCAGGAGAGCAUUACCAUUUCACUCGCCCGACAAUUGAACUGGAACCUCAACAUUUAUAUACUCCGGCCAACGAAAGGGAAUGUCAAGUCAUUGCCAAAGUCAAGUCAUCUGCCGAGGGAGAAGCCUUGGACUCGUCAUCUUCUUUGCCGCUAUCCCCACAAGUCUCCGCCUCUUCGUCCGAAGCCGUCGAAAUAUCCGACGAUCCAGAAGCUCUAGAAGCACUCGAAGCAGCGAAAGCCCUUUCUUCGUUUUCUUCCCCUACCUCUUCCUCUUCCUCCUCCCAAACCACAUCCACCCACCCUCCGAUAGCACACAUCAACUACUCCCCUCCCUUCCAAGCGCCCUUUGAAAUCAACAUUGGCCCUAAACUCCGCGCCUACCACGACGCCAUCUCCGCCUUUUCAUCCAUCCUCGAACACCCCGACAACUUGUUCGAGCUGCGUCUCGAGCAAGGCCAGGCCGUCAUUUUCAAUAACCGCCGCGUCCUCCACGGCCGGCGCGAAUUCGAUGCCCAUUCUGGAGAACGCUGGCUGAAAGGUGCUUAUGUCGAUGUCGACCCCUUCAUGUCGCGCUAUAGAGUUUUGCGAGAACGCUAUGAGCCGUGGAAAGUAGUAUAAUAAUACCUUUGUAUAGAUGAUUGUAGAAUAUUUUAUUUUUACUUUUAUUUACUUUUAUUUUCUCUUAUUUCUUUUAUUCCUUUUUUAAUUUUUUGUGGCAUAGUAUUAAAUUUUUGCAUAGUAUUCAGCGCUAGCGUAUUCCAUUGAACAAUUUUUUUCCCUUUCCUGGCAUUUUUUAUAUUUAUGUUUUAUUUUUCUCUUCUUUUAUCUUAUCUUCUUUAUUUUUUUUUAGCUUAUCCAGUUCCGGUCUGAUUUUUUGGAAGUUAGGUCCAGUUUGUAUAUCUGGCAUAUAUCUGGCAGGUCGAUUGGAACAGUUGUGAAAGAGUCAUUCCGAUCAAUAACAAUAAGAAGAAGAGA